AUGAUUUAUUCACGCGAUGUUGAGCAUAUGGGUGGUACGAUUUCGAACGCUGCUAAGGCUGUAGAGGACAUGGUUGAUGUUAGCGUUGAUCAGGUGUUGGGUUCGAAUGUGCGUGCAACGCUUCUCAAGAAUCUUCAUAAUAAAUCACUUGCUGAAGCAACCUUAUCUCAUCUUACACGUAUUCCGAAAAACAAAAAUAUAAAUGCAGUGGCUCGUAGGAAACACCAGAUCACAUACCUUGCUAGUGUUGCAGUUGCUAGGGAGGAACAGCUUGCUGAGCAGUGGUCUCAAAAUCGACAUAACAAACGGACGUCGGCAAGAAAAUAUGGGUUUUAG